AUGGAAGACAUCACUUUCGGCCUCGAUACUGCGCUGACGUCAAGGAGCAACGACGUUGGCCAGGUAUUUACUUACUCACAAUUUGACGAACAAGCUAUGAACGCCAAUGAGACGCAGAACGGGACCACAGACGAGUCGAAAUUGCCGUACGUGUCACGCACAAGGCCGGAGACAGGGCAUGAUGAAGAACAAGGUUUAGGUGAGAGCUUUGAGAUGGUACAGUAUGAGGACGAAUUGACUGAAGACUUUGAAGAGGUCGACCGAGACAUUCCGACGGCCUUCAAUGGCAAGGUGCCACGUUGA